UCUUCCUCCUGCUCUCCUUUGCUUGCGGACCAAAAGCCGGUGCCGGUGAGGAUGGCUGUGCAGGGAGGAUCGUACCAACGCCAUCAGGGUCAGAGGAAUCGCGGUCGGAUUUUCAUCAUUGCUGUUGUGCUUGCUUUUCUGUUUUUUAAUUUUGGGUAUCGCGACAUCACACACACUCGAUACCCACCUCAGCUUCUCAGCACCUCAAACAAGGUCUCCCGGCUUCACUACCUCGUCCCCGCCAAUGUCGUCAACCCCCACGUUUGCGCCGUCGUGGGCUCGGCCCUCGCGAACCGAUACUCAAUUCCUACGAUCCUAGGCUACAAAGGAGAGGGGUUCAUGGAUGCCCAACGAGCGCACAUCGCGAAACUGCGCGCCAUUCGACAUUAUCUCCAAACCUGCAGAGGGGACAAGGAUGAUUUGGUUAUCAUUGUCGACGGCUUCGAUGUCAUGGCUCAGCUGCCUGCUGAAGCCAUGAUCGAACGCUAUUUUUCCGUCAUGGCUAAGGAGGAUCAACAAUUGGCUGAUCAACGCGGCAUCUCGGUUGAGGAGCUUCACGCAAGCGGUAUCCGGCAGACUCUUCUUUGGGGAACCGACAAAGGGUGUUUUCCCGAGGGCGACAACGAUCCUCGCUGCUGGCUCGUUCCCUUCUCGACGCUCCCUCGUUACAAAUGGGGUCCGAGGACAAACAACGGCGAACUCAUCUACAGCGACUCUCGUUUCCUCAACUCUGGAACCGUCAUUGGUCCUUUAGGUGAUCUUGCCACCUUUAUUGAAGCUGCCCUGUCGGCGAUAGAGGACAACUGGGACCAAGACUACUUCUUUCGCGACUCGGAUCAAUUCUACAUCUCUUCCUUGUACGCUCGUCAAGAAUACCAGAGAGCUGUCGAUCUAAACGGUGGACAGUUCCCAGAGGAGGUUGGCGACCGCAGUUUACCGAAGAACAAAGAAGGCGAAGACGAUGUGACUGAGUAUCACGUCGUCGUGGACUUUGACUCGUCAUUCACACAGACCCAAUGCCACAACAACCGGUUCAUUCACAAACUUCAGUUUGACAACUACGAUCUCACGGCCCAUAUCGGGCAGGAUGUUUUGGAGGAGGGGGACACCUUUCGACCAUACAAGAUCCAGAUGCCCGCUGCCUUGUAUCAGGCCCUGUACAGAGUCUACGAAUCCCUGCCCCCGGAUGAUCGACCCCAAAUGCCAGCUCGCAACUGGGUACAGAGUCUCAAACUCGGCACAAACAUCGGAACACAAAAGAUCUACGCCUUCUACCACAACACAUGCGACAAGGCUGGCUUUGUCAACAAGUACCACGACUCAUGGUUCUUCCCCCUCAUCCGACCUCUCCUACGCUCAGCCGCCAGGGCGAUUCGCGAAAAGAGACCCAUUGGCCCUCGACCCAUUGAUGGGAGGGUAUGGAUGCCUGCGAGAGAGUAUCCGGCGGACAGGAGUCUGCAGGAUGAGUUCGGGGGCGUUUUUACGGAUAUGGAGGGGGAAGAGUUCAUUCCUCUGCAGCAGUUCUGUGGUGAUGAUAUAAUAUCGGCAAUUGGCACAGAGGUGGAAUUCCCUUUGAGCAGGCUGACCUAG